CGCAGAAAGAGUCUCAAUGAUCGGGCUUUCUGCUCUAGAAGAGAACCAGCCAGGAGCAGCAUCUACUGCUUCUACUGCCUCACGUAAUAAUGCAGCUGGUUUUUCUGAAAGGGUACAGGUCGAAAAAGGUACUCGUCCAGUGGUCCAAGUAGAAAAAAAGAGCCAAACAGGAACCGUUACGACUUCUGGUGCUCCCUCAGGCAUGGCGACUAAAAAGCAACGUGCUCAGCUCUCCUCAGGUCUCCCCGAAACAACAGAAUCCGAGG